UCCAGCCAAAUGACUGGCAAAUUUUUGUGAAUGGAAUACUCAGUGACUGGAAGAUGACGUAAUUUGAGAGCUUCGAGUCGCAAACUCCGUUGCUGAUUGGCUGCGUUUUGCCAACAGAGCAUGCGAUUGGCCGGCGGGGGCUGGGCGAACGCCUACACACUUUUUCCCUGGCGGUAGAUAUAAAAGGGAGUACUGGGCAUUGAACAGGAUCACGAUUUAGAAACAUAUAUUGAGGAAACUCUCAGCACAUUUUACUGUUUCUUAAGAAGCUUUGCAUUGCAAGAGAGGACAUUAUGGUUAUGCUGAAGAUUUCAUCUUUCCUUGCUGUUUAUGCCUUGGUUGUUUGCCAGAUGGAUAGUUUCCAGGCAGCUCCACUCAGACCUGGCUUAGAGUCUAUGACAGAUCGAGUGACACUCAGUGAUUAUGAAGCUCGGAGGUUAUUAAAUGCAUUGGUGAAAGAAUUCAUACAGAUGACAGCAGAAGACCUGGAAAAAGUGACUGAAGGGAAUAGCCUGGAUAGACCUAUUUCCAAACGCUGUGCCAGUCUGAGUACUUGUGUACUGGGCAAACUGUCUCAAGAAUUGCACAAAUUGCAAACUUACCCUCGUACUGACGUCGGGGCUGGAACUCCUGGCAAGAAAAGGAAUGUGCUGAAUGACCUGGAAAAUGAGCGCUAUGCAAAUUACGGGGAAUCCCUAGGAAACAACUAGACAUGCUUAUUUCUACCCUUUUUUUUUAACUUGAUGCAUGUGGAUCUAACCUUGAUUGCUAACUUUACUAUGUUCUUUUGAUUCUGUUUUUGACAGAGAAUAUUUGAGAUGGACUUUCAGUUAGGAAGAUAAAGAACAUAACAUACCAAGUUAGAAAUAGCAAGCAUAUGCCAAAUAAAAUAAAUACAAAUGAACAGCACUGCUUUGAAAUUUGAAAUGAUUUUCUUAGACAUUUAUUUUAAAAAACUCUAAAUGAAGCUUUUCAUUUCUGGCUACUCCAUGUACAAAUAAACUCUUCUUUCAUGCCUGCUCGUGCACUUGUUCAAUAAACCUAUUUUUCUAUAAGGAUUAGGUCUGUUGUUUUAAUUUUUUGUUUUGGCAUCUGAGAUUUCUAGAGAAAGCCAGAAAAGAUUAACAAACUUUUCCGUCUUCAAGAAUGUCAGUACAAUGCAGAAGUUGUAUAGUAAGUUAAUUUAAGAAUAGUAGAACAUUUUGCUAAGUGCAUAUAUAAAGACAUAACUCUCAGACUGUUUAGAAUUAUUUCAAUAGGUAGGUAUGGGUAAAAAAAACAAACACACCAUCUUUUUCUAGUAAAACAGUUUUUGUGGACCCUUUUAAGUCUUUGAAACGGCAAAGGAUUCAACUGCAUGCCUUAAGUAGUUAGAAAAAUACUAGAAAUAUAAUCCAGUUUAAAACUAAGUUCUCAUUGAAGUCAUCAAGGUAAGAAAUCUAAUAUUCUUCUUUUAUUUUAUUUAGAACUAUUUACAUUAAAUUUCUUCAUGCUGAUGCAUUGGCUAUCUGAAUAAUUUCAUGACACCAUGUUUGCCUCUUUACCCAUUUUUAAAAUCUUUCAGUAUAUAUUUCUUAACCAGAGACCUGUUAAGAAAAAGAUUAUACUGUUGCCAAUGAUGUUUCUUCUUGCUGAUUAAGAACUCUGUUGUAAUGAAGUCCUAACUUGAGCAACAUUCUCCUUCAUUUCAGUAGGACGUUAACCUGAACAAAAACUAAGAAGAAUUAAUGUAUAUAAAGACCCAAACCCAGUAAAAUAUUUAACUAUAUGCCUUGAUUUAAGCAAGUGGGUAGUCCUAUUGAAGUCAAUGGGAUUAUUCUUGUUUAAGGGUUUUGCUGGAUCAGAAAAAAACAGUCAAAUACAUAGAAUAGACACAAUUUUAAUGUAAGUGCGGUUCAACUCUGAAAUGUAACCCCACUCCCCCAAAUAGAUCCCUUUUUAACCAACAGAUUUAUUUGUUGGGUGAACUCCUGACCCUGCUGAACUCAAGUCCAUUCAAGACUUCAGUUGUCCUCAGGAAGAGCAGGAUCAUACACCUUACAGUUGUUCAGAGGACUAGGUGCUGAACUGGGUAGCUAAAAUAUGUUUUUGUUACUUUAUGCCAUUACUAUUGCAGGACUUAUGGAGCACAGCUUAGCUAGAUGUUCUUCCUCUUUGUCUAUCACGAACAGAGUUGUGUACAUUUUAUUAUUUUGUUAUUUGCUGAAGGUAAUGGAGUUGUGCAAGUGAAACCAAGGCAUCCUUUGGUAUACAGAACCUUUAUUGCUGGGGUGUAUAAGAAAGAAAAUGUCAGUUUCUUUCACAAGCUGGUUUAGUCUGCCAGCCUGGUAGGAAAAAUGCACAUUAUUAACUCAUAAACUGAACAUACUAGCACACUAGAAAGUCCUUAAGACAUAAUGAGCAGACUCUCCGAAUCACAUUUUUUGUAGAAACAUUUUUCUAAGUAGAACCUUACCUUACUGCUUAAAUUUAAUUUUAUUUGAAUCUCUGAUAUAUUCUUUAGGUAAUUUUCAUCUCCUUUUUUUUCUUU